AUGCAAGAUGUGGCCUACGUUGGAAUUGGCGUGGAUGAGUGUGACAAGUGCCGAGGCGGUGAAGUGGACGUGGACAUUGGCGUGGUGCUGCUAAGCUGUGGCCGUGGAGGGACCAAGGCGUUGGGAGGUGCCAGCAAAUGUACGUACUACGAUCACAUGAACUACGCCCACAAGUCCGCCAGGAGCGCCAACUACAAGAUCUCCGAGGAUGAUCGGUCUGGCGAGGGCGAGGGUGACGACGAGUGGGCCUUCCUAAACUUGGCUGGCCUGAGGACUAGCGGAGUGACGCAUGUCAUGGUCGUCGCCAACAUUUGGGGCUGUGCACAUGGGUCGCCCACAUCUUCGAUUGGAUGGCAGGACCUGGAAGGUGCCUUCUUGCGCGUGACGGGCUCCAGUGCCAACAGUAAGGAGUUCUCCAAUGCAGAGACCAUCGGCUACAUCGACCUGGACGGUAUGAAUGGGCCGGCCAAAAACGGAGCAGGACAGGCCCACGGCAUAGGGUUUGGGGUUUAG